GCGCUCCCCUCGACCCUUCCGCUCGACCAGUGUGUUGGUAAUCCCUCUCAUCUCAUUACCAAACCGCAGCAAUCCUCCACCCCACACACUCUCACCGACCUUCACCGAGGGGCGUGGACGCGUGGUUUCUUGAUAAGCCAUCCUCGUUCCCCUCACUAUCAUCCAUGUUACCAACUCCUCAAGAUAACUUACUCCAGCAGUCGCAUUCCAAGGUCAGGCGCCUGGAAUCGUAGUCCAAUUUAAGGUCAGGCGUCGCGUCGCACGCGCAUGCCCGUCAGAUGCACGACUUCACCCGCUGCUAAGCCACAAUCUUUCGCCAGCAGUAGUCUGCGAUCGUCCGACGAAUCGUCGCGCGGCUCCCGGUGAUCAUGACGACGACCGACGAUCAGGCGCGAGAGUCGUUCGCAGCAGAGCCGUGGCGCGGCCAGAACGGCCAUAGCCAGAACGGGCAUAGCCAGAACGCGCAUAGCCAGAACGGGCAUUCCUCUCACGCUGCUGCUGCUGCUGCUGCUGUCGCAGCCGUGGCGCCGGAAGACGCGGCGGCGAGUGCGGCGUUGAUGGCGGAGAAGGAGCAGGACCCGGUGUCGCGGCGCGAGUGGUGGGGGUGGUACGUGUACAACGCGGCGGGCAACGCGUUCUCGCUCGUCGCCAUGUCGAUCUUCAUCCCGCUGCUGCUCGUCUACCUCGCCUCCGCGCAGGCCGCCGCGGAAGCCGGCGCGCCGCCGCCGCCGCAGUGCAACGCGACGCUCACGACCAACUGCCUGCAAUGCGUCGCGGGGAAGGGGCAGCAGCUGAUGACGUCAUCUGGCUACACGGCGUACGACACACCGAACGUGCAAGCCGGCUCAUUAUCCAUAGAGCCUGUCGCCUACACGACGGUGGUCAUCGGGCUGGCUGUGGUGGUGCAGAUCGUGGGGCUCGUGUGCUUCGGCGCCGAGGCCGACUUUGGGCUCGGGAGAUGGCGGAUGCUGCUAGUGGGCACCCUCAUGGGCGUGGUGCCCUGCAUGCUCUGCCUCGCCCUCACCUCCCCUUCCCUCUGGUGGCUCGCUGGCAUUUUUGCCAUCGUUGCUAAUCUUGGAUAUGGGAUAUCGCUUGUCAGCUACAACAGCUACCUGCCGGUGCUGGUUGAUUCGUCGCCGGAGGUGCUUUCUGCUGGGCCCGACGAGGCGUCCAUUCUUGCUGCCCGGGAAAAGGUGGAGAACCAAUCCUCCCUAACCGGCCUCGCCAUGGGCUGUGUGGCAAGCGUCCUCUCCAUGCUGCUCACCUUCGCCAUCACUCUCCUCAUCCCCGACGACCUGCUCAAGCUGCGAGUCACCGUGGCCGUCUGCGGCCUCUGGUGGCUCGCGCUCUCCGCCUUCACCUUCGCCUGGCUGCACCCGCGGCCCGGCCCGCCCAUGCCCAAGAAGGGCUUCUCGCUGCUCAACCGCUGGAGCCACCUCUUCCGCCUCUUCAAAGAGGCGUCCCGCUACCGCUACACCUUCAUCUUUUUAAUCUGCCUAGUGGCAUACGGCAGCGGGUUCACCACGAUGCUUCAAAUGGCGGUCCUAUUUGGGCAGAACGACCUCUGCCUGUCGGUCUCCUCCAUGGCCAUCGUGGCUCUGACGGUGGCCAUGGUUGCGAUCGCCGGCAUGCCGCUCGCGCUGCUCUUCCAGCGCCGCACCAACGCCACCAACAAGACCAUGGUCGUGAUCCUCCUCGCGUGCCUAGUUCCCCUGCCCGUGUGGGGGUUCAUCGGGUAUUUCACCCCGGACGGCGGGUUCGGGCUGAAAUCGGCCUGGGAGAUCUACCUGUGUGCGGCUUGGCUGGGGUUCUUCCUGGGAGCGCUCACGUCGUACUCGCGCACGCUGUUCAUCGACUUCAUCCCGGUGGGCCGCGAGGGCGCCUUCUUCACGCUCUUCUUCAUCUGCGACCGCAUCAGCUCGUGCAUCGGCCCCUUCGUCAUUGCUGCUGUCACACAGGUGGGGGGUCAGCUCCGGCCGGUGUUUGGCUACGUCUUUAUUGUGCUUCUCGUUCCUGCAUUGGCCGUCCAAAUCUUCAUUAACUAUGGUAAGGGUGUGGCUGAGGCUGGCCGAGCAAACAAGCAUCAAGAGCAACUACAGGAUGAGAGCCUUUACGACGCCAAUCAUUCUGAAGGCACACAAUCGGCUCAUGCAGAGCCGUGAAAAUGACUAGUUGCGCAUUUACAGGGUCUAAACCCUUGGGGUUUGGUUUGCUACAUUAGUUGGUUGGUUCCUCACCAACGUUUUCCAAUAUUUAUUAUAUAUAUAUUAACCCUUUAACCG